AGGAGGAGGAGGAGGAGACUUCCGUUUGCGUUUACAGUGGGCAAACCCCAGCUGAGGUCCAAAACACAGUGAGGACGUAAACCUCCAUUGCGUUGCGGCGAAUGGGGUUUCAUAAGUUCUGCAGUUCCGACCCAUUCUGGGAUUGGAACCGUACAUGGUACACCAAUAACCCAGACUUCACCCAGUGCUUCCAGAACACUGUCCUGGUAUGGCUGCCAUGUCUUUACCUCUGGAUGUGUGCCCCCAUCUAUCUCAUCUACCUCCGCAGCCAUGACCAUGGCUACAUAUGUAUGAGUCACCUCAACAAAGCCAAAACUGCUGUGGGCCUUCUACUGUGGAUUAUCUGCUGGUCAGAUGUUUUCUAUUCUUUCUGGGAAAGAAGUCACGGCAGCAGAGUCCCUGCACCCGUCCACCUAGUUAGCCCAACCUUACUUGGCCUCACCAUGUUGCUGGCCACUUUGGUAAUCCAGUAUGAACGGAUGAAAGGGGUUCAGUCGUCUGGAGUAAUGCUUAUCUUCUGGCUGGUGGCACUGCUGUGUGCCACAGUCACCUUCAGGUCCAAGAUCCUCCAGGCCCUGGACCAGCUAUCAUCGGUGUGUGUGUGGAGAUACACAACAUUCUACACUUACUACGCUCUGCUGCUAGUAGCUCUGUUCCUGUCCUGCCUGACUGACCAGCUACCCCUCUUUUCUCAGGCUGUUAAAGACUUGAAUCCUUGCCCUGAACCUGGCGCUUCUUUCCUCUCAAAAAUAUCAUUCUGGUGGAUCUCCAGGAUGAUGGUGACAGGCUAUAAGCGUCCUCUUGUGGAGAAGGACCUGUGGUCUCUGAACCCUGAAGACUGCUCCCAAAGAGUGGUUCCACAGCUGGUGUGUCGCUGGAACACAGAGUGCCAAAAGGUUAAGAGGACUGAGAGGAAAAUGUUAUAUUCCCCCAAACGGCUCCCACGAGGUGAGAUCAAAGAGGGCCAAGCUGUGGAAGAGACUGAAAUUUUGCUUGUGAAAAGUCCCCAUAAAGCAAAGGAGCCAUCCCUGUUCUGGGCACUGUGCCUGACCUUUGGGCCCUACUUCUUCAUCUCCUGCCUCUAUAAAAUCAUCCAGGACAUACUCAUGUUCGUUGGGCCUGAAAUCCUUCGGCUCUUGAUCCGUUUCGUCAACGACUCCAGUGCCCCGUCAUGGCAAGGCUUCUUCUACACCGCUCUGCUCUUUAUAAGUACCAGUGUGCAGUCACUCAUCCUCCAGAGGUACUUUCACGUUUGCUUUGUCUCAGGAAUGCGUCUGCGCACCGCCAUCAUUGGAGCUGUUUACAGAAAGGCUUUGGUCAUAAGCAGUGCAGCACGGCGUACCUCCACAGUGGGAGAGAUUGUGAAUCUCAUGUCAGUGGACGCUCAGCGCUUCAUGGACCUCAUCACUUACAUCAACAUGAUAUGGUCUGCCCCUUUGCAGGUCGUGCUCGCCCUUUACUUUCUCUGGCAGAACCUGGGUCCAUCCGUGUUGGCUGGGGUAGCUGUGAUGGUUCUGAUGGUUCCUGUUAAUGCUGUCAUCGCCAUGAAAACCAAAACCUACCAGGUUGCUCAGAUGAAGAGUAAGGACAAUCGCAUUAAGCUGAUGAAUGAGAUGCUCAAUGGCAUCAAAGUGCUUAAGCUGUAUGCCUGGGAGCUGGCCUUCAAAGACAAGGUGUCAGAAAUCCGUGAGAGUGAGCUGCGGGUCCUGAAGAAAGCCGCCUAUCUGGCGGCAGUAUCCACCUUCACCUGGGUCUGUGCACCUUUCUUGGUUGCACUGUCCACUUUUACCGUGUAUGUGCUCAUCGACGAACAUAAUGUACUUGAUGCCCAGAAGGCCUUCGUAUCACUGGCACUUUUCAACAUCCUUCGUUUUCCUCUUAACAUGCUGCCAAUGGUCAUCAGUAGUAUGGUGCAGGCGAGUGUAUCCUUGAAGCGUCUAAGAGUGUUUCUCUCACACGAGGAGCUGCAGGAAGAUAGUGUGGAGCACAAAGCAGUAGCCAGCUCCCCAUACAGUAUCUCCAUAGUGGAUGGAGUUUUCAGCUGGUCCAGAACUGAAUCACCAACACUCAAGAAGCUUAAUGUGUCUAUUCCAGAAGGCUCUCUGGUGGCCGUAGUGGGACAUGUGGGUUCAGGAAAGUCCUCGCUGCUCUCUGCCCUGCUUGGAGAGAUGGACAAACUAGAGGGAACUGUGGCUGUCAAGGGGUUGGUGGCCUACGUUCCCCAGCAGGCCUGGAUCCAAAAUUCCACACUGAAGGACAACAUAAUGUUUGGUCAGGAAAAGAGAGAAGCCUGGUACCAGCAUGUGGUUGAGGCAUGUGCCCUUCAGCCUGAUCUGGAGAUCCUUCCUGCUGGAGAUGAGACUGAGAUUGGAGAGAAGGGAGUGAAUCUGUCUGGCGGUCAGAAGCAGAGGGUGAGCCUUGCCAGGGCCGUUUAUUGUGACCGUGCUGUAUAUCUGCUGGAUGAUCCGCUGUCUGCUGUUGAUGCUCAUGUAGGAAAGCACAUCUUUGAUCAAGUCAUCGGCCCACAUGGUCUGCUGAAAGACAAGACUCGUGUGCUAGUGACCCAUGGGCUGAGCUAUCUGCCCCAGGCCGACCUGAUCCUGGUCAUGGUUGAGGGGGAGAUCACAGAGAUGGGCUCCUACCAGCAGCUCAUGGACACAGAGGGAGCCUUCGCUGAGUUUCUGAGAACGUACACUGCUGUCGAGCACACUGACAAUGACGAAUCUGUAUCAAAGAGUGUAACCAAGGGAAUGGAGAAUGGCAGUACUGCUGCUGUUGUUGGUCCAGAUGUUAGCAGUGUUUCCAAACUGUCCCAGACGGGUAAAGAGAACAUGGUGCUGAACAAGAAGGCCAAGAACCCUGAGGUGGGCAAGCUGACAGAGGCUGACAAGGCCAGCACUGGACAGGUCAAGUUGUCUGUGUUCUGUGCCUAUUUGAAAGCCAUAGGAGUGCUCCUGUCAUGCAUUAGUCUGCUGCUGUUCCUCACACAUCACCUGGUCUCCCUGUACUCCAACUACUGGCUGAGCCUGUGGACCGAUGACCCGGUGGUUAAUGGAACUCAGCCGUACAGGCAGAUGAGACUCGGGGUGUAUGGCGCUCUUGGCCUGUCCCAGGGCGUGGCAGUCUUUGGUUACUCCAUUGCCAUGUCCAUCGGGGGCAUUCUGGCAUCCCGCAGUCUCCACCAAUCCAUGCUCUACGAUGUCCUGCGCUCACCAAUGUCCUUCUUUGAACGAACCCCCAGUGGCAACCUGGUCAACCGCUUUGCCAAGGAGAUAGACACUAUUGACUCAGUGAUUCCAAGCAUCAUUAAGAUGUUCAUGGGUUCUAUGUUCAAUGUUUUGGGUGCUUGUGUUGUCAUCCUGAUAGCCACACCACUGGUGGCUAUUGUCAUCCCUUUUCUUGGUCUACUCUACUUUUUUGUGCAGAGGUUUUAUGUGGCGUCAUCUCGCCAGCUGAAGCGUCUGGAAUCAGUCAGCCGCUCACCUAUCUACACCCACUUCAAUGAAACGCUGCUUGGCACCUCUGUAAUUAGAGCCUUUGGUGAACAGGAACGCUUCAUCCGUGAGAGUGACCAGAGAGUGGACAACAAUCAGAAGGCUUACUACCCCAGCAUAGUAGCAAACAGAUGGCUGGCAGUUCGCCUGGAGUUUGUAGGAAACAUCAUCGUGUCAUUUGCUGCUCUGUUUGCUGUUGUAGCCAGAGAAAGACUCAGUCCAGGCUUCAUGGGUCUGGCCAUCUCAUACGCCCUCCAGUUGACUGCUUCUCUGACCUGGCUGGUGAGGAUGUCCUCUGAUGUGGAGACCAACAUAGUGGCUGUGGAGAGAGUGAAAGAGUACAGAGACACAGAAAAAGAGGCAGAGUGGAAACACAAGCCCUCCAGCCUCCCUGCAGGUUGGCCUACUGAGGGCUGCAUAGACAUCAGAGGCUUCAGCCUGCGCUACCGCCACGAUCUGGACCCAGCUAUUCGCAACAUCACCAUAAGAAUCAAUGGAGGAGAGAAGGUGGGGAUUGUGGGGCGCACAGGAGCGGGGAAGUCAUCCCUGACACUGGGGCUGUUCCGUAUCAUAGAGGCAGCCGAGGGCCAUAUCCUUAUUGAUGGGGUGGACAUUGCUCAACUGGGCCUCCAUGAUCUCCGCUCCAGAAUUACCAUCAUACCACAGGACCCAGUGCUGUUUUCAGGCUCUCUGAGGAUGAACCUGGAUCCCUUUGACAGCUACUCUGAUGAGGAUAUAUGGAGGGCUCUGGAGUAUUCCCAUCUGAAGAACUUUGUUACCGCCCUACCCGACAAACUCAGCCAUGAGUGUAGUGAAGGAGGAGAGAACCUCAGUGUGGGUCAGCGGCAGCUGCUGUGCCUGGCCAGAGCUCUGCUGAGGAAAACCAAGGUCCUGGUUCUAGACGAGGCCACAGCAGCUGUGGAUAUGGAGACAGACAACCUGAUCCAGUCCACCAUCCGCUCUCAAUUUGAGGACUGUACCGUCCUGACAAUAGCUCAUCGCCUUAACACCAUCAUGGACUACACCAGGGUCCUGGUGUUGGACAAAGGAGAGACAACAGAAUUUGACUCUCCCUCCAAUCUCAUCGCUCAAAGAGGAGCAUUUUACAAGAUGGUCAAGGAUGCUGGUCUCGUCUGAAAGUACUAUGUGCCUCGCGUCAUCCAGCUGCUCCCCCAGUUCCCUCCAGCUCCACUGGCUUCUUGCUAUUGUCCUGAGUUAAAGAGAGGGAGGUCAAGUAGGGGAUUUUAAGAUUUGUAGUAUUUGUCUGUUCAGGCAAGAGUGUUGAUGAAAACAAAGGAUCUGGUUAUACCUGCUCCCCCAUACACUUCCAUCCUUCUGUAACUACACAAAAUAAUGUUGCCUGUCUCAAACCACCGUUUCUUACUGUACGCCCAUUGUACUUGAGUAAUUGUACUCAGAGUUUUAUGUGAGUUUUAUUUCUCUAUAGAUAAAAUUCCAUGCAGUAUGUAUCAUAACUAAUUGACCCUUGGUUGUGGGGUCAACUAGUUGACUAUUGCGGAGCUCAGUCUAGGACAAAAGCAUGAAAUCAUAUAGUGCGAAGUAUUGCUCUCAAAUCCAUAAUUUGAUUUAAAUGCAGGUUGUGAUGUGGAAUACUGGUUAAACCAAAUUAAAAUGGGCUUAUGUAUCUUCCCAGUGUCCUGACAAACAAGAACCAAAAAUUGAAAAAUACCUUUUUCAUGACUGCCUUGUCCUAAUUCCAUACUACAUGCUAAGCGUAUACAGAAUGUUUUACAUACUCAUCUUUGUAGUAGGGUAUUUCUAUACAGCAUCAGAACUCAUCAUGAAACAUUGUUCUUAGAGGAGAGUCAGAACAUCAUCAGGAAUGUGUAGGUGUUGUCAGCAAAAGCAGGUUUACGAGCAGAUUUCAUCAGAAACAUAAUUUGUUGGGGGAUGUCACAGACCAAGGCAAUGUUGGUUUGUAACAUAUAACACCAAAAUAAUACUGUAUGUCACAACACAUACAAAUCACAACAAAACGCACAAACUCACAGAAUCUGUGGGAUAGAUUCCACUUGACUGUUACUUUACAUCCAGCACUGAUUGUUAAUUUAUUUUUUGCCUGUGUUCUUUAAGCUUUAAAUAUGAUUUGUUCAUACAACCUGCUCUUUUGCUUACUACUCCAAGGCAUAUAUUACUAAUGUAUGUAUAUACAUGCUUUGGAGCAGAAGUGUUUUGAUGAAACCAAACAACAUGUAGUUGUUUCAGUAAGUCUGCAGUGAUUUGAUUUGUAAAAGGAAACUUUUAAACAUUUAGAGGAAAUGCUUCCUUGUGGAAUAGUUAACCUGUGCAUACAAGAAAACUUAGUGUAAAUGCACAGCAAAGUUUUAGUGUACUUCGUUUACAGUGUGCAUUAGGAACUUUUUUUCUUUAGGUUGUGUAACUCCACAAGCCAUGCAGUUAUGUUAUUGAAUUUCUUCAAAGUGAAACACUGUCAUACAAGGUGUUGGUAAUAUGAAAGGAAUACAGAAAUAUCAAGGGUGAUGGUUUUUUUAAUCAUCGGUUUCACAUUGGUGGAUGUUACCAGAGAGACAGAGAUUUCAUUACAUUACAGAUGAUAUCUCCUCCUAGACUGUGGUUGUUAAUGUGAUGGUAGUCUCUUACCAAAUCAUCAUUACUAAACACCGUUGAUGUCUAUAUGCCAGUGUGUAUGUAGUUGUGGCUGUUUGGGGCAAAAUAAAGUCUCUCUUCUUUGUUGAAAAGCCAAUAGUUACUUCUGCCAAUGUUCCUCGAUUACAUGUUUGCAAUACGAUUUAAAGCAUCUUGAAAUUGAAUAAAGCAUACUUGUGAUAUAUUGAUGAUUGCAAAGAGUAUAUUUGAUGUUUUUGUAUAUGCAGUCCUUGGUUUAUGAAAUCUGUUUUGAAAUAAAACCAAAUUGUCAUAA